AUGCCAGCGGAGCAGCAGCAGAAGCAGCAGCAGCAGCAGCAGCAACAGCAGCAGCCGCAGCAGCCGCAGCAGCCGCAGCAGCCGCAGGAGUGUCCUCAAGAGCAGCAACAGCAGUCUGGCACACACGCCCCUGUGCCACCAACUGCGGCGUGUGAGGCCAUUGUGCAGCAACAGCCCGAAUGCAAGGCACUGAUCAGCGGCGCUGACGUCGCCUCUCCCGCCAUGACGCCGGGCAUGUCGCUGGCCACGCAGUCGGGAGCGCCGCCGCCAACAGGGUCUGAUGCGCUGCAAGGCGCCGUGCAGGGGCUUUCGGCGGCGGGCACACAAUCACCAUGCUAUGCAGCGGCCCUUGUGUCCGUGAGCGUGCAAGCCGCGCCUGCUAAAGCGGCAAGAGAGUCGAUCGGCGUGCAGGUGACGUUUGCCGCGCCUGCCAGUGUGUCUAUUGGUGUGCAGGCGUUGCCUGUUCCAGGUGAGACCCAUGCAGACCGUGCAGGCGCCGUGCGGCUUGCACCGCUUGCAGCCACGGAGCCUUUGCAAGUGGAGAUCUGCGCCGGGAGUGCGCCGAGCAGUCGGUGCAGCUCCAGCCCUUGCUGUGAUGUCAGCAGUGACAGCAGCGCAAGCACCAGCUCAGGAGGCGAUGAAGGCGGCGGCGACGGCAACGGCUGCCGCAGCGGCGGCGGCAGUGAGAGUGACCGUUACGCUGCGGUCAGCACCAUUGGCCACAAGCUGCGCGCCGCGGCCGGCAGCGAGCCUGCCCUGGAGUACCAUUGUCAUGAGAAGACGUCCACGGCCCUAUCAGCCAGCCCAAUCUCAAGUGCGUGCGUGGCGGCGCAGCCACAAGACUGCAUUGACACCGCCAACGCUGGCUGUGGCAGCAACAGCAAGGGCGUCAGGAGUCACUUCACUGGCGAAAUGGGGCACGGCUCUUGA